ACUGUGAUCCAGGGUGCCCUCCCCCCCCUUGCCUGUGUUUCCUCUCCCCCCCCCUUUAGUUUAGCCUGUAAUUUGGGGAUGACAUUGCCUCCGCUUUCUCAUCUAGUGCACGGAGGUGCUUCGGCGGCAGUUCUCUAAGAAGACGCUCUCUCUGCCUUCUGAUUUUGCCGAGCUGACUCCUUCCCCACCCGCGCCUCCCAGGCCACCCCAUCCGCCCGAUCUUCCUUUCCCACCCAGGGCCAGUUUCGCUCGUGUGACAUGACCGGACAAGGAUUUUUGCCUCUGCUAGUGGCCCCUUCCUUACGGCCCCUCCUCCGCAUGCCCUAGCCUUACUUUCCGCCUAGCCUCCCUCUCUACAUCCCGAUUUCAGCCGCUCUUUAUUACUGUCAUUUUUCUAAAAUAAUAAUCUCCGGAUAUCUGAACACCUUCGCCAAGCGGAGGCUUCCCCAGAGAGUCCGCGUUUUGCAUAAAGGUCUGUACAAUUUUGGGGGGGAAGGGAGUGGAAGUGAAGGAAAGGGGGGCAAGAAGAGAAAGAGAUUUGCGCAUGCCAGGUGCAAGUAAAUUGAGGCGCCUCUCCAAUAUACAGACUGCACUUAGGAUGUGUGUGUGUCUGUGAUUCCCCCCCCCAAAAAAAAUUGAAUAUAGCUGUGCUGUAACUUAGAACUCUCCUUGACCUGGCUGAGUGGAAGAUAAGGAUUCAGUGUUUCUCUCCCCUCUUUAGGUGGUGUUGCUUAUUCUAGGGACUGAGGCUGAAAGAUUUGUGGCAGGGAAGCAAAAAGCAAUUAGCUCUUAAAGUAACCACAUCCAAAGUCUCCCCUUCCUUCUCCUGAUUAACCCCCAGCCACCCACCCUGUCCAGCUCCCCUGCCUCUCCUUCUGAUUCGCUCCUUUCUUUCUAUCUAUCGCUGAAACAAACCCCAAACUAGUAAGCCCAAAUCCCUCCCUCUCUCCUCCAGCCGCAAAAUCAACAGGCAACAAGAGGGAAGGGGAGGAGGAGGCAGUGGGUGCACUGAGCCGUGAGCUAUGGAUAUUCUGUGCCCACUGCUCCGUUUGCUGCUCCUUCUCUUGUGGACUCGGGCUGGAGCCCUGAUCAACCUGAAGUACUCAGUGGAGGAGGAGCAGAGAGCCGGCACCGUCAUCGCCAACAUCGCCAAAGAUGCCCGAGACGCAGGCUUUGUGCUGGAUCCCCGGCAGCCCACUGCUUUCCGCGUGGUCUCCAACUCUGCACCACACCUGGUGGACAUCAACCCUGGCUCGGGGUUACUGGUCACCAAACAGAAGAUUGACCGGGACCUACUUUGCAGGCAGAGUCUAAAGUGCGUGAUCUCAUUGGAGGUCAUGUCCAGCUCCAUGGAGAUCUGUGUGAUCAAGCUGGAGAUCAAAGACCUAAACGACAACGCGCCCAGCUUCCCCACAGAUCAAAUCGCACUGGAGAUCUCUGAGGCUGCCAGCCCGGGGACCAGGGUACCAUUGGAGAGUGCCUACGAUCCGGACUCGGGCAGCUUUGGGGUGCAGAGCUAUGAGAUCACACCCAAUGACCUCUUCGGCUUGGAGACCAAGGUGCGUGGAGAUGGUUCCCGCUUUGCUGAGCUGGUUGUCGAGAAGAGCCUGGAUCGUGAGACUCAGUCUCAUUACAGUUACAUGAUCACAGCUUUGGAUGGGGGUGACCCACCCAACUUUGGCACUGUGGAGUUGAACAUCAGGGUCCUUGACUCAAAUGACAACAACCCUCUCUUUGAAGAGCCCGCCUACACAGUGAGCGUGCCAGAGAACGCUCCCCCUGGCACGCCUGUCAUCCGCCUCAAUGCCACAGACCCUGAUGAGGGCACCAAUGGGCAAGUGUUGUAUUCCAUUCACAGCUUUGUGUCUGAGAAGGCCAGGGACCUCUUUCAAAUCAACCCCCAGACGGGCCUGAUCACGGUCAGUGGUGCAAUUGACUAUGAGGAAGGCCAUGCCUACGAACUGGAUGUGCAGGCCAAAGAUCUUGGCCCCAGUUCCAUUCCUGCGCAUUGCAAGGUGACUGUCACUGUGCAGGAUGCUAACGACAACCCCCCUCUCAUUAACUUGCUCUCUGUCAACAGCGAGUUGGUUGAGGUCAGUGAGAAUGCGCCUCCAGGCUACGUUAUUGCCUUGGUGAGAGUAUCUGACCGGGACUCUGGUGCCAAUGGCCGGGUGCAGUGCAAACUGUUGGGCAGUGUGCCCUUCCGCCUGCAAGAGUACGAGAGCUUCUCCACUAUCCUGGUGGAUGGGCGUUUGGACAGGGAGCAGAGGGACCAGUACAACCUCACCAUCCAGGCUAAGGACAAUGGGAUCCCAACUUUGCAGGCCACCAAAUCCUUCACUGUCAAGAUCACAGAUGAGAACGACAACCACCCUCAUUUCUCCAAACCUUACUACCAGGUCAUUGUGCAGGAGAACAACACCCCUGGGGCCUACCUCCUUUCAGUUUCUGCAAGGGAUCCUGAUCUAGGCCUUAACGGCAGCGUCUCCUAUCAGAUUGUGCCAUCCCAAGUCAGGGACAUGCCUGUCUUCACCUAUGUCUCCAUCAACCCAAACUCAGGAGACAUCUAUGCCUUGAGAUCCUUCAACCACGAGCAAACCAAGUCUUUUGAGUUCAAGGUCUUGGCCAAAGACGGAGGCAACCCCUCCUUGCAAAGCAAUGCCACUAUCCGAGUUAUUGUCCUGGAUGUCAAUGACAACACCCCUGUGAUAACCGCUCCUACUCUAGUCAAUGGGACUGCAGAAGUUUACAUCCCCAGGAAUGCUGGGGUUGGCUACUUGGUGACGGUGGUCAAGGCAGAUGAUUAUGAUGAAGGGGAGAAUGGCAGACUUUCCUAUGAGAUGGCAGAAGGAGAUAGAGGAUUUUUCGAGAUAGACCAGGUCAAUGGUGAAAUAAGAACCACCAGAGCAUUUGGGGAAAAUUCAAAGACUGCCUAUGAGCUGAUUGUGGUCGCCCACGACCAUGGGAAAACAUCUCUUUCAGCUUCUGCCUUGAUUUUGAUAUAUCUUUCUCCAUCCUUGGAUGCCCAGGAAUCCAUAGGAUCUGUUAACCUGUCCCUGAUUUUUAUUAUCGCCCUGGGUUCCAUUGCUGCCAUUCUGUUUGUCACCAUGAUCUUUGUAGCAGUAAAGUGCAAACGGGAUAACAAAGAAAUCAGGACCUACAAUUGCAGAAUUGCAGAGUACUCCUAUGGGCACCAAAAGAAAUCGAACAAGAAGAAAAAAAUCAGCAAGAAUGACAUCCGCCUGGUGCCACGGGAUGUAGAGGAGACCGAUAAAAUGAAUGUUGUGAGUUGCUCCUCCCUCACGUCAUCUCUCAACUACUUUGACUACCACCAGCAGACCUUGCCUCUGGGUUGCCGCCGAUCUGAAAGCACUUUCCUCAACGUAGAAAACCAAAACAACAGGAACACGGGGUCCAACCAUAUCUACCACCACACCUUCACCGGCCAGAGCCCUCAGCAGCCAGAUCUCAUCAUCAAUGGGAUGCCACUUCCGGAGACUGAAAACUACUCUUUUGAUUCCAACUAUGUGAACAGCAGAGCUCAUUUAAUAAAAAGUUCGACAUUCAAAGAUCUGGAGGGGAACAGCCUGAAGGACAGCGGGCAUGAGGAGAGUGACCAGACAGACAGUGAACAUGAUGUCCAGCGUGGGCUGUACUGUGACACAGCUGUCAACGAUGUUUUGAAUACCAGCGUCACCUCCAUGGGGUCUCAGGUGCCUGAACAAGAUCAGAGUGAGGGAUUUCAUUGCCGGGAAGAGUGCCGGAUCCUUGGCCAUUCUGACCGAUGCUGGAUGCCCCGGAACCCUGUGCCCAGCCGAGCAAAAUCCCCCGAGCAUGGAAGGAAUGUCGUGUCCCUCUCCAUAGAAGCUACCACUGUGGAUACAGAGCUUUACGAAGACUGUAGCACAAAGAGAACUUUUGCAACAUUUGGCAAAGAGGGGAGUGAACCUGUCUCCGAGGAGCGGGGCCCAGUCAACUCGAAAGGUAAAAGAACAGUGGAUCCGCCCAUCUGUAGCCCGAAGGUAAACGGUGCCGUCCGGGAGGCAGGGAAUGGUUGUGAAGCUGUCAGCCCCAUCAUGUCGCCUAUCCACCUGAAGAGCCCCUUGUCUGGCAAACCAUCAGUGUCCUACAACGUAAUGCACUGCCCAGGAAGUCGCGACCUGGAGCCGUUUGUAAACAAUGGCCCUUCUCGGCCCAUUGAGGCGGAGCCGAGGGGUGCAGACAGUGAAAAUAUCAUGCAUGAGAUUAACCCUCUUCUGCAAGAAUGUAGAGAGAAGGACUCACCUGGUGUGAAGAGGCUAAAGGACAUAGUACUCUAAGUUGCACUGUAAAGGAAAGGAAACAACAGUACUGGAUGUGUGUAUUGUUUCUAAUGGCUUACUGAUGGUUCACAAAUUCGCUGUAUUUAAAAGCUUUCCCUAAAUGUAUUGUUUAUAAAAAAAAAUGAAGCUAUCAUUAAUGUGACAAUCCCACUUGGUUCAACAGGCAGCAGGGGUGUUGGUCUAAGUAAAAGUAGCACCAUUCUUCAGCUUCUCCCCGCUAUGGUAGAAGUGGUGACAUUUCAGUGGUUGGAAGUAUUAUCUAUGAAGUAUUUUGAAUUUAUAUAUUUUUGUAGCUCAAAAACUCUUAUUAUGAAAUGGCAUUCUGUAUGAAGAAUUGAAUCUAAAAAAGACCCAACAAAACAAAAAUCACUAAAGGAAAAACCACACCACACACCUCAAUUUCAAGUAAUCUCUAGGAACAUAAUCAGCUGCCUCCUACUGAAUCAGACCAUUGGUCCAUCUAGUUUAGUAUUGUCUUCUACUCUGAUUGGCAGUGGCUCUCCAGGGUUUCAGACCAGGAGUCUUUCCUAACCCUACCUGGAGAUGCUGAACCACUGAGAUGGCUCUUCCCCUUAGUACUCCCCUUGUCAUGCCUCCAAACUUCAGCAAUGGGGUGCUCGUUUGCCAUGGCAAACUGGAGAUUGGGUUGCCCUGAUCGGCAGUUUUGGUGCACUUGUGGGAGCUCUGAUGUGCAAGAUGGGGCCACUUCAAUGUGUUCCAUGCUGGAAGGGGCUCUAUGCUCAACAUCUCCAAAUGUACAUUAGCACCCCAUGGAGUUAUGGACUGUGGCCGGUGAAUUUUCUGUCUCAUCCCACACCCAGAGCCUAAUUUGUACUUUUUAAGAUGUUGCUCUUUUGCUGUGGACACCCCUGCCUUUGGAAACCUUUUGCUGCCACAUGCUCCUCUGUACUAUUAUCGUAUUUGAUAUUGCAAAUUCCUGUAUGUCUAGUGAUGGGAAAUGCUUUCAAGUUCGUUUUCUUUUUUCCCGUUCCUUUUCUUCAAACAAACAAACAAUCUUAAGACCUGGAGAAAUUGCAAAAUUUAGAGCCAAUCUUGUCAUAGCUCUUUGUCAUUUUGCCAGAUGAUUGUACCACAUACUAUCUCCACCACUGUGCGAUGUUUCUUCCCCAGGUCUUUUAGGGGUUAUCUAGCAUCUCAUUUGCAGUUGUUAGAUGCACUGUCUUGAAAUUUUUAUGAGAUCAAUUUCUCCCCCCUCCCACCCUUUUCCUUUUCCUUGCAUUUUCAAGGAAGAAUAUGGCAUUAUUUCUCCAAAACGACAUGCUGGUUUCCUGCUGCAAAUCUCCCAUUUUUAUUUUACCUAUCUAGGAACCAGAAGAAUAGGAUGCUUUAAAGGCCUAAUUUAUGUAUGUUGUAGGCCAGAGGUUAAAUCAUUACUCGUGUAAACAUUUCAAGCACAUUCCUGACUUGCUUAAAUGUACUUACCACAUGCAUCAUCCCAUUUUCCAUAUGGCUGGUCUAGGCAACUGUGCUGUUGACAUCCUAACACCUCAUGAGAACAGGCCAGCAAAUGUUUACGCCCAUUUAUAUGUAGCGGCAUGGAAUGCUUACAUGAAUAAUGGCCUUGCCAUUAUGUAUAUUCAAGUUAGUAUUUUGCUUAACUACAUUGUCCACUGUUUCAAAAUCACAAUCACAUGGGCACAGCUCGGUAGACCUCCCACUUUCUGGGGGUGUUCCAUACUUCAGGUGGAUGAAGUCCAAAUUGUUUUAUUGCAAUCCUAAACUGUAAUUUCAUUUGGGACAUUUGUGGUGGCUCCAGAAACAGUGGUCCUUGUUCAUGGCUAUUCCAUUUCCCCACCCCCUAAAAUUCUGAAAUACCGUACAGUGUAGAGUACUCGUCUUCCCUCCUUCCUUGGGAACUAAAUAGGGCUUGCACUUUUACUCUUAGGCCCCCAAGAAACUUUUUAGUGUGUGUAAAAUUGGGGGAGGGG